UUUAUCGAUUGGCAAGUGUUCUAAAUUUAUCGUUGUUGCAGCACAUAGUCAAUAAUCAAAAUAAAAAAAUUUAAAUUUAGUUAUUGCAUAUUUAUGUUGCAUAUAAUGCAAGUUGAAUGACAUUUAGUUUUAAAUGGUUCGAGUUUUGUUUUUGCAUCCCGAUCUGGGCAUCGGAGGCGCCGAGCGUCUGGUCGUAGACGCUGCUUUGGCAUUGAAAGAGCGUGGCCAUGACGUCAGUUUUCUGACCAAUCAUCACGACAGCUCGCACUGCUUCAAGGAGACCGCCGAUGGCACGUUUCCCGUUCAAGUGGUGGGCGAUUGGCUACCACGUCAGCUGUUUGGACGCUUCUAUGCUCUCUGUGCCUACAUUCGUAUGCUCUAUGCCGCCGUCUACGCGAGCUUCUUUAUGCCCCAGCGUCACGAAGUGCAGCUGGUAGUUUGUGAUCUGAUUUCCGUUUGCAUUCCCGUUGUGCGCCUGGCGCCGCACAAACCACGCGUGCUCUUCUAUUGCCACUUCCCGGAUCAGUUGCUGAGCCAACGAGAAGGAGCGCUUAAGCGUCUGUAUCGUGCGCCCAUCAACUGGCUGGAGGAACGCACCAUUGGCCUGGCCGACAAGGUGCUCGUCAACUCGAAGUUCACGCUGCGCGUCUUCCAGGAUACAUUCCGCCAUCUGAGCACAACGCCCGAUGUUUUGUAUCCCUCGCUGCAUACGCAAUACUUUGACAAGAUGAGCGCCAAGCUGGAGCAGCGUGCCGCCUUGCUGGACGAUGAGCCGUUGCACGCACGUGUGCCACGCAAUUCCUUCGUCUAUCUGGACAUCAAUCGCUACGAACGCAAGAAGAAUCAUGCUCUGGCGCUGCAAUCUUUGCGUCUCCUUGGGAACAUGUUGCCUGCGCUGGACUUUAAGCGUUGCCGACUCAUCAUUGCAGGCGGUUACGAUACACGUUGUGUGGAGAAUGUGGAGCACUAUGCGGAGCUGGAAGCGUUGACAGAGCAGCUGGAGCUGCAGGAUAAUGUGGUGCUGUUGCAAUCGCCAACGGAUGAGGAGAAGUGUCGUCUGCUAUAUGCCUCGCAUUGUUUGCUUUACACGCCGGCGAACGAGCAUUUCGGCAUUGUGCCUCUGGAGGGCAUGUAUUUCUGUAAGCCAGUUGUGGCUCUCAACAGUGGCGGACCCACUGAGACUGUGGUGCACUCCUCCACAGGAUUCCUAUGCGAGCAACAAGAGAAGAGCUUUGGCGGCGCCAUGUAUCAACUGUUUCGCGAUGAAGCUUUGCGGGUGAAGAUGGGGGACUUGGGACACAAGCGUGUGCAGCAAAAAUUCUCGUUUGAAGCAUUCGCAGAUCGCUUGAGUCAGAUUGUGGAGGAGCUGGUGCCGACAAGCAGCAAGAAACACAAAUAAAUAUGCAAUCGAAUUAUUGUGGAUUAA